UAGGCCCAGCCGCCCAGCCAGCUCGUCGGAUACAGAAGACUCCUCUCCCUUCUCUGCAUCCGUUCCCCGCCCUCUCGCGCAUCCACCGCCACCGCGCCGCUCCAUGAAGGACCCGUUCGAGGCGGCCGUCGAGGAGCAGGACUCGCCGCCGGACUCGCCGGCGCCGCCCGAGGAGGAACCCGGCGCCGCGGGCCUCGCGGACGACGCCGAGGACUACGACGGCGGCCCGCCCCCGCGCCAGCCGUCGGCGCCGGCGUCGCACGCAGCAUCGGCCGCGGCCAAGGCCAAGGGCCGGGUCCAGAGGGAGCAGCAGGAGGAUGACGACGACGACGAGGACCAGAUGGAGGUUGACCUCGACAAGCUUCCCAGCAGCACUGGCGACCCUGACAAGCUCGCCAAGAUGAAUGCUAUACUGUCCCAGUUUACACAACAGCAGAUGAACCGUUACGAGUCAUUCCGAAGAUCCGGAUUUCAGAAAUCUAACAUGAAAAGGCUAUUGGCAAGCAUCACUGGAAGUCAAAAGAUUUCUAUCCCUACAUCAAUUGUGGUAUCAGGAAUAGCAAAAAUAUUUGUUGGUGAGCUAAUUGAAACAGCAAGAGUAGUCAUGAGUGAGAGGAAGGAUUCAGGACCCAUCAGGCCUUGUCACAUCAGGGAGGCAUACAGAAGAUUGAAGCUUGAAGGGAAGAUCCCACGGCGCUCUGUUCCUAGGCUCUUCCGCUAGAACUGACACACAUCAGGCAGGAGUCGGGACAGAUGUGGGACAAUCGUUUUCCACGUAACUGCGGACCUCGUCAUACGUACCAUGGGAAUUGAAAACCUGUGUACUGUAAAGUUAGCCCCCCGUUUUGACUUCAUACUAGCCGCUGAUGCGCUGAAUAACAGGUGGUGGCUCCUGUCACGAGCUAGAUGUCUUGAAAUGGGUUUGGGGAAUGAUUUAGCAAGAACAAGGUUAGGAUUACAGGGUCGGGCAUGCGGCUGGGACCUGCGAGACGAGGAUCUAUUCGAAAUGCAGUUUGUUAGAAUUUACUUA